CUGUCCGAUCACUCUGGUCUGGACACAUGGAGACGCUGAGUGCUGGAAAUAAUGCCUCAUUCUUAUUUUUGAGUUUUUACGGAGCGCGACUGCGAGAUGCUGCUGCUGGUUCUGCUGAUGUGUGUCAGCACGCGUGUCCUGGGACAACAACAGGAAUCUUCUUUUGAAGAUGAUACUGGUUCCGAUUUGGCAGACUUUGGAUUAGACAUUGCGCCGCGCAGGGUCCCUCGGCAGGUGACAAAUAUAUUAACCAAGGAGACCAAACCUCACAUCCAGGAGCUCUCCAUCAAGACCACCAUCGUCUCCCGCUAUGCUUUCACCGCGGUGUAUUGCGCCAUGCUCAACCGGCACCCCGCCGCCACAGAAGGCGUCUUCCAGCUUCAAAUCCCCGCUGACGCCUACGUCUCCAACUUCACCAUGAUCGUCGGAGGGCAUGUCUACCAGAGCGAGGUCAAGCCGAAGGAGAAGAAGGUCAGACAGGAGAAUGGCAAAUCCAAGAACAAAGAGUCAGGCAAUGCAAGGCCUGAGUCAGUGGUGGACGUGUUCAGGGUGGCAGUUAAUAUACCGGGUAAGAACCGAGCCAUCUUUCUGCUCACCUACGAGGAGCUCCUCCAACGCCGGCUGGGACGCUAUGAACAUGUGACCAGCCUGCGGCCCCUGCAGCUGGUCAGCCGUCUCAGCCUGGACGUCACCAUCGUCGACCACUCCCUAAUCACAGAUGUCGAGGUGCUGCCACUUCGUAACGGCAGGAGCAACGGUGUUUCCCACACUGCAACUGGGCGUGAUGCACCAAAGACACCAGCCAAGUCAGAGCUUCCCAUCACCACUGCAAUUAAAAAUGAAAACAACGUCUACAAGAUCACCUUCAGCCCCAACAUUGUCCAGCAGGCCAAGAUCACCACCAGCGGCAUCCUGGGAGACUUUGUGAUCCGCUAUGAUGUCCAGAGAGACAUGGGGAUAGGAGACAUUCAGGUUUUAAAUGGCCAUUUUGUCCACUACUUUGCUCCCAAAGACCUGCCGGCUGUGCCCAAGAACGUGGUGUUUGUGAUUGACACCAGCGCCUCCAUGCUGGGGACUAAGAUCAGACAGACUAAAGAGGCUCUGUUCACCAUUCUGGGGGAUCUGCGCCCUGAUGAUCGCUUUAACUUCGUCAGCUUCUCCAGUAAGAUCAAAGUGUGGCAACCAGGCCGUCUCGUUCCAGUCACACCUGUCAACCUCAAAGAUGCCAAGAGCUUUAUACUCCAGCUGGCGCCCACUGGAGGCACGAAUAUCAAUGGUGCCAUCCAGAUGGGCUCCUCCCUGCUUCGUGAUUAUCUCUCGGGUCCUGACGCCAGUCCGAACAGCGUCUCCCUCAUUAUAUUCCUGACAGACGGUCGGCCCACUGUCGGAGAGAUCCAGUCCACGGCGAUCCUGUGGAACACUCGUUCGGCUGUGCAGGAGAAGUUCUGCAUCUUCACCAUCGGGAUUGGGAAUGAUGUGGAUUACCGGCUGCUGGAGCGCAUGGCUCUGGAAAACUGUGGGAUGAUGAGACGCAUCACUGAGGAAGCUCACGCCAGCGCCAUGCUCAAAGGAUUCUACCAUGAAAUAGGAACUCCUCUGCUGUCUGAUAUAAGGAUCAACUACACUGAGGAUUCGGUCCAGUAUGUGACUCAACAUCUCUUCACCAACUACUUCAAUGGCUCUGAGAUUGUCAUUGCUGGCAAGCUCAUUAACCAAAGCACAGAAUCCCUUCACGUCCAAGUUACAGCCAGCAACAGCGACAGGAGCAUUGUACUGGAGACAGAUGUGCCUCUGCAGCUUCGGCAGAUAGAGACAGAGAAAUGUGUGAAAACAGCUACAGCAGCAAUGGCGGCUGGUGUCAAGACUGCAGGCUCAGGGGCCGCACAUGGAUUACAAGCAGCUCUGGGUUCGCUAGCAGACUUUGCGGAACGUGUGUGGGGUUUUCUGAGUGUCAAAGAGGGGCUGCGGUCACGGCUUCUGCGGCCAUUAGCUGCCAAUGAGUUGCCAGGUGACACAGAGGAAGGGAGGCCACAGAAACCUGACGGGAGGCCCAGCAGUCAGACUUCAUCUCUGGGCAACACAGUCGGUGAAGCUGAGAGGAGACCAGCCAAGAAAGCCAUCACCAUCACCAAAACAUCAGCGGAUGGUGAUCCUCACUUUGUGGUGGAGCUCCCCCUGAGUAAACUGACCGUGUGCUUUAACAUUAACGGUGACCCUGGACACAUCCUUCGCCUGGUCUCUGACCACAAGUACUCUGGUGUAACAGUGAACGGUAAGCUCAUCGGUUCCCCAGCUCCACCAGGCAGCCACAAGCACCAGCGUACCUACUUCAGCACCAUCACUAUUGUGGUGGAUCGACCCAGACGUGCCUACAUCGAAGUGACCCCAAAGAAAGUCAUCCUGGACGGACGGGACCGCAUGGUUUUGCCCUGUCACUCCACUGUUGCGGUAGACAGUGGCGCACUGUCAGUGGCUAUUGUGGGAAACUCUAACGUGACAGUGACAGUUGGAGAUAACAUCAGCUUUGUGAUCUUGCUGCACCGGUACAAAAACCCAGCCCCCUACCAGACAGACCACCUGGGGUGCUGCAUUGGGAACAGCAAGGGGCUGUCCCACAACUGCCACGGUCUGCUGGGUCAGUUCCUGUACGAGGAAGUGGGGCUGGCAGAGCUUCCUGCACAGGGAGACACGAAGCCCUGUCCGCUGAUCGUCACACCUGGUUACCCCAGAGACCAACCCCAGUAA